CUAUAUACGGUUACAAUCAUGAACAAAUUACAAAAUAAUGAGCCAUGUCAACAGUGUGCUCUUUAGACAGGCGAUGCUUGAUCGAGUCGUGUCGUGAGAGAGGUCAGAUCGCACGAGGGUUGCAUCUGUGUCCAUCUUGCAUAGGCGUUUGUCCAGUAUGAAAUAUUUCCCACCAACGUGACCCGGAUCUUGGCAAGGUUGACCAGCGUCACGCAGAAACUUCAGGUUUUUUUUUAAACAGAGAAAGAUAUCGCAGACGAUAACAAAACAUAUUUUUAGAGGAAGUCUCAUCUACAUUAAAGAAUUUGGCUGAGAGAUGUAAGGCCAUUGAUUUCUCUUAUAAAUAUGAAAUUAAGGGAGAUGUUCAGCUAUAAAGCUUCAUGUAUAUCUGUCAAUUAAUUUAUUUUAGAUAGAGUCAUUAUUUAUAUCCAUCACGACUGCCUCUCCGACACUAAGCUAAUCUGAAGACAAUCUUAAAAAAUGAGUGGGAGAGGCGACUCACGGCUCACGGAUCCUCCCUCACCCUCCUAAUCCCAGACCCACACCUUCCUCUUUCUCUUACUCCUCCUACUGCUCCUUCGAUCCUGUUUCUCUUCUGUUCUUCCUCAUUUUCUUCUUUCGCCUACCACACUCCGUUUCCUCAUUGUUUCCGUUCUUAACAGUGGUGUUGGAUUAAAUAAAUGCAUUAUAUUUAUGGCUAAACUAAAUAUAUGUGCCGUACCUUAUACACGACGAAGCUGUGAAAAGCCAUGUACUCGGACGAAAAUAAAUAUUAUUUCUUUUUAUAUUUUCAAACUGCAGCGGUCGUCACAGCGAGGACAGAAAAGUGGUAGUUCCUGGUAUCUUUUGGGUACUGGGAAGACCCAAGGAGGAGUUGGAGCCAGGAAGACCCAGGGAGUCCAUCUCCCUCUUAUAAAGGGAUCCCACAUCUCUCUCUCUCCUUAGUCUUGUUGUGUCGCACAACAUAACAGGUUGCAGCCAGACGCUCUCCCUCACGCAACAUGAGACUGUCAAUAAUGCUGCUGGGCCUAGCAGCCCUUGUAGGUGCCACAUAUGGCACUCUCUUCUCUGACACUCCUUUGGCACCUGGGUUCGCAGAAGAUGAUGCUAGUGCACAGCAGGCAGCAGCCUCCCGGGUCAAGAGAGAUGACGAUGACGAGGAGGAUGAUGGGGAGGACGAGGAGGAUGAAGAUGACGAGGAUGACGAUGAUGAUGAUGAGGACAAAAAGGAUAAAAAGAAGAAGAAGGAAAAGGAUGAGGAAGAAGAAGAGAAGAAGAAGAAGAAGCCGAAAGAUGAUUAAAAUAACGAAGGCUAUCAUUGAUGAAGACGAAUUUGAUGACGAUUUUUUUUUAGUUUGUCCAUUAUAUUCUUCAGAUGCUCUCUCUACUUCUUAUCCAUAAAAAGUUAUAUAUUUUUUUAUUUUUUUUUAUAAAUUAUUGGCUAUUUUAUUCGUGCUUUUAUAAGCCAUCUGCUUUUCGUGACUUGAUGUUAUU